UACCCGUACCUCACCAAGGAAGAGUUCGCAGAAGCUUGUCAUCAUCUGGACAACAGAUACUGUCAGGCUACACUCGGUCCUCUCCGGAAAGAAUGGAGGCUCAACGUCCACAAUGCGCUUGAUAUAUCCUUUGGGACUGAUUCGGAUUACGCCACAUUUCUUCAGAUCACUCGUCCCCUUGAAGACACUACCGAUUUGGGGGACUUGGGAUCUCAGCUGAGCAGCUUCUCGUUGGGUAAUAGUCAUAGACAGGCCGACCAUCCCGAUGCGGAUGAUGCUAUGAUGGAGGUAGAAGACUUUGAUCCUGAAGAGGUUCUCAAAGACCCUUGUCGGCCAAAUUUUGGUCACGUCAAAUACGAAAUCCAUCUUCACCCAACAUAUCGUGCACCAUGCUUAUGGUUCAGCUUGCACGAUCUGCCUGCUGGCGAGCUAGCGUUGAACAUGGACACUGUCUUCCGGCGGCUGGUACCAGACCAGUUUAAAGAAGCCCUGCGAGGGGCAGGCCCUAUAGGGGGCAUUUCGGCAGAUCAUCAUCCUGUCACGGGUGUACCAUCUUUCUUCGUUCAUCCGUGCCUUUUGGGAGAUGCCAUGGCGAAAUUCGACUGUCCCAUGGAGGAUUACCUGAUGGUCUGGCUGGGUUUGGUGGGCGGU